AUGUUCUCCACUUCAUCCCAGUCUCCUCCAGCCUGUCUUCCAGCUGUGGCCCAAGGGGCCUUUUUUGACCCAUGGAAGGAUUAUCUGAACCUCUCCAAAGUGGUGAUGGAGAUCGUUGAGGAGCGGAAGAAGCCAGAAAGCUUCUCUCCUUCUUGGGGAGACCCCUUGGACGUCAUCGUUCUGCAUUGGGUGAAUGGAGGCGGCAACAGCAAGACCUACAGUCCCAAGACCCACAGCACCCACAGAGGAGACCUCCCGCCCGCUCAACCAACCCAACAAGGCAUCUGCAACUUUUGCAAGCACAAUGGGGAGUCCAAGAAAGUCUAUUCUUCUCACACCUUGAAGAGAGCCGACGGGAUAGUGGUUUGCCCCAUUCUGCGCAAUUACACCUGCCCGCUUUGUGGGGCCACCGCCGAGAAGGCCCACACCCUGAAAUACUGCCCCCAUAAUAAAGGGAAGCAAUCCUUGUACCGCAGAAGUGGACGCAACUCGGCCGGACGCAUGAUCAAGAGAUAAAGGGACACACACACCUCUUCCCCACUCUUUCUUCCACGGAAAAGUGGAAGAAGAAAAAGAAAAAAAAAGUUAAAACGCCUGGAGAGUGGAUGGUGAGAAGAAAAAGAUUUGGAAAGAAAUAAAUAAAAAGGAGUAAACAGGG